GCUGCACGGCACGGCAGUUCGUGCGCGUCCAUUGCGAUAACAAUACCUCGGUUAUCCCUGUACAUAACUACUCUAGUACGGUUUUUAACAAUAACACAGUUUUUGGCUGAGAAAGUGGAGGAAGAAGAUUGUAGCUGCAGAGUUUUCUACUAGUUGGAAAAUUGGUGCAUUUGGAAUCGAUGACAAAAGUGAAAAAAGGGCUGUUGAGGUGCAAUUAAUUGUGGAAUAAAGUGAAAUGUGAAAAGCCGUACCUUGAUAUUGGGAGUGCUAGUGCCAGGAAAAGGAAAAUUUGGAUCCUAGUUGAACCCUUGAUAGGACAUACGCAGAAGAGAAGUGAAAAAGCAGGCCAGCUAGCUCACAUUUGAGCAGCGCCCCGAUAGACGCAAGAGAGCGAAUAAAAUGUCAUCCAGACGUUAUCCUUGAUAGAAAAAACCGCUCCUUUUUUAAAAAGGUGACUUUUUAAAAAAAGGACGCGUGAUGAAGCCAUCGCAGCCAGCCAUCAUGAGGGAGUCCUCCUGCCGUAGCACUAUUACUACUAUUACUAUCACAUCCAGGAGAAGAGCCAUGGGCAGCUCCAUCACUAGGGCGGCAGUCGUCAACUAUGGCAGUAGCAGUACCUUCAGCCGAGCUGCAAAACUCGGCUACCGCCGCUAUGGCCGGAUGCUCCCAUUCGCGUUGAUGGGGCUUUUGAUCGCCUCCUUUUGGCUGCCAUCGAACCUAGUUAACGCUGAUUCAACGGAUGUUUCAUACUAUGACCAAUACCCUACCGACUCAUCUUUACUAAUGAUAAACGGCACCAACUCAUCAAUAUCCACGCACAAGGACCCCCUGUUUCCCGAAGACUUAUUCACGCUAGAACAACGUCGUAAUGGUGCUGUUGUGUUACACAUUCUUGGCGUAAUCUAUAUGUUUGUCGCACUGGCAAUUGUUUGCGACGAGUUCUUUGUGCCUUCUUUAGACGUGAUCAUUGAGAAACUGGGCAUUACGGACGAUGUGGCCGGUGCGACCUUCAUGGCGGCCGGAGGAAGUGCCCCAGAACUAUUCACCAGCGUGAUCGGCGUGUUCGUUUCGUUCGACGAUGUCGGUAUCGGUACAAUUGUCGGUUCGGCCGUGUUCAACAUCCUGUUCGUUAUCGGUAUGUGUGCGUUGUUCUCCAAAACCCUUCUAACACUGACCUGGUGGCCGUUGUUUCGCGAUUGUACGUUCUACAGUGUUAGUUUACUUACGUUAAUCUAUUUUUUUCGUGAUAACUCGAUCGAGUGGUGGGAGGCGCUAGUGCUGUUUAUAAUCUAUAUCGCGUACGCAGUGUUUAUGAAGUUUAACCAAACAGUGGAGAGAUGUGUGAAAAAGAUUAUCUAUAAAAAUAAGGUGACCAGAGUACGAAGCACUGAUCAACUUAUGCCUGCAGGCAAUGCGGCCAACUCGUCGGAAACGUCGAUGGCGACACAACCGGGUGGCUCGGUGACGUCGAGGGCGGCCUCCGAGAGCAGAUCGGGGCCGCCCGGUUCGAGUAGUGGUAGUGUACCGAUCCAUCAAAACCCAACCGCAACCGGGGCCAAAUUCCGACAUGGUCUGCUGCAGUUGAUGAUCCACACGAUAGAUCCACUGCACGAUGAUCCCGUUCCAGGUAAAGUCGAUGAAAAGGCGACGCAGCUGCACGCGAUAGCGUCGUUAAAAGUGCUACUCGAUGCCACCAAGCCCCAACGGGGAGCUGCCACGUCGUCCGCGGCGAAUCAUGUUAAGAUUAAUUUAAGAGAAACCACCUUAGCUAGUGAUCGUCCAAAUGGAAAUAUAGAUACGACAAUUGAUUCGGGUAACGAAUUAGAAGAUGAACCACCAGAGGCAUUAAACAUGUCUUGGCCAAAGACAUUUAGGAAACGAAUAACCUACCUAUUAGUUGCUCCAAUUAUCUUUCCACUGUACUUAACACUUCCUGAUACUAGAACACCAAAGGGUAAGAAAUUUUUCCCGGUAACGUUCAUUGGUUCGAUUCUGUGGAUAGCCGCAUACUCGUAUCUUAUGGUGUGGUGGGCUAAUGUUGCUGGUGAUACGGCGAAAAUACCACCGGAGGUGAUGGGACUGACAUUUUUAGCAGCUGGUACCUCAAUUCCCGAUCUGAUCACGUCUGUGAUUGUGGCGCGAAAGGGCUUUGGUGACAUGGCGGUGUCGAGCUCGGUCGGAAGUAACAUUUUCGACGUGACUGUUGGCCUUCCCAUCCCAUGGCUUCUUUAUGGCAUCAUCUACGGUCAGCCGGUGGAAGUGAACUCGGUCGGCAUGGUAUGUUCGAUCACGAUCCUGUUCUUGAUGUUGCUGUUUGUAAUCAUGUCGAUAGCCUGCUUCCGCUGGCGCAUGAACAAGGGCCUAGGGCUUACCAUGUUUUUGUUAUACUUCGUAUUCGUUGCCGUUUCACUCAUGUUUGAAUACGAUGUGUUAGUAUGUCCGGUUUAAAUAAGUACGCUUAAAACGCUAGACUAAGAAAGUCACAGGCGAUGGUAACUAAACUGAAUCAUCUACUUUAGUAGUUACGUUUAUGAACAAAGAAAACAAGAAAAAAUAAAAACAAAAAGACGAAAAAAGUAAACCAACUAAAUUAUACUUAGACUAUAGGAAGAAAUGUAAACUCACUUGACGCUAGGUCUAGGUAUGUUUUUACCUAGCUAAAAGUACGGGGCAACUAAAGUUGAACAUAUUAAUAUGUAAAGUUACAUAGAAGAAUGCUAACAUUUAAAAGAGCAAAACAACAAUAGACUAGUAAGCGAAUAAUGGAAAAUAGGCAAACGAAAAUCAUUCGACAAGGGAAAUGUUCAGCAAACGGAUAAACAUCUAGAGAAUGGUACCAAAAUAGUACAGAAGGCAAAGUUAGUUUUUCUCAUACCGUAAAGAAGAACCGAAACGAAAACUAAAACAAGACAUUUAACGAAGAAAAUAAAGCAACAAGAACCUUCUAUCGAGCAACAGUUAUUUUAGAUUUUGAUCUCCUCUUCUUCAUACAACUAUGGUAUCGACUCUAUUAUCAUACAUUUUAAAUUGUAUUCAACCAAAAACCUAUAUUCGAACGAAAUCUUACCUUACAAAGAAUACAUCUAGUUAAUACAAGAAUCAACUAGUUAAACCAGUAAAACUGUAUUUAAACAUGCAUCUCUUUCUUCUACGACAACAAAUUCUAUAAGAAUCUAGACUUAAAACAUCAAAAAAGAAUAAAUUUAAGCAACAAUUUUCAAAAGCAAAAAUCUAUUACUCGAACUUAAGCAAAACACCUUAGGAAAUUUGAAACAUCAAUGCAUUCGAGCACUAACAGCUUCUCCCCUUCCAUAAACUACACCAACAACAUACAAUUCAUUAGAGUGCCAUUAGCAUCGGGAAAUAGUACAUCAAAAAACAAGCAUACAUAGUCGCUCUAGCGAUGCAAGAGCGAGCAUUUAAAAUGCAUUAUCGCACUUAUGAAAGAUCCUAGUCAUAAUUCACAUCUGUCCUUCUAUACUCUCUCCCAGUAAUCUACUCUCUAUAACAUAUUUCUGUAUAAAUUGGAAAACACUUUGGUCUAUCUUCUCGUUUUCUCUAUUCGUUUUGACGACCGAGAUUCGAGAUCUGUUACAUAACGUAGGCUUCAUGCGUAAAACCAUUGACAUAGGACAGAACAUUGUUCGUACUAAAUCUAAUAUAGUAAUCCUAGCGUUGAAAUCACUCUCCAUUUGUCACACCAACAUUAUCGUUCACCAAGCUUCACCCUAGCACUCAUUCGAGCACUACGUUUAAGUAUGAAACACACAACCAGCACAAAUGCUUUGGGUCCUGUUGCUUUAUGUCGCAUCACCACCAAACGAAAUUCCGUAGAACCUGUCCGAGAUGGUUCGGAACAUGAACACUAACUGUGGCGAAAUACCCAAAUUAAGGUGCAACCGCUCCAGAGGGUACCUUUCAAUCCCUUUUGCUCUCUCACUGAGCGUUGUCAUCCGAAGCAAGCCGGUUCAUAUCAUCUACAUGUAUGUUCAUGUUUGUUCCCUCGGUGAGAAAACAUAAUUCGCAAAAAAAAAACAUAUUGAAGAAAAUCGAGUGGGACUUGUUUUUUUACAAUAAGUACAACAACACAAACUGCAACGAAUGUUUCAGGUUUUUGUUUAUGUUUGAAUUGUGAAUACAUAUUUGUAGUCAGCCGAUGGUGCAAUGCUUUCAUAUAUUUGAAGUUUACAAUAGCAUCGAUUACCUACCUAUCAUUCAAAGCGUUUCAACAUAAUAGUUUGAACCAUGUCUGCAGUCUAUUUCCAUGAUUGAUAUAACCCACAAAUCAUUUUGCAGAUAUUCGAAUCUCUGCAUAUCCACAACUGCCUUGGGCCAAAUGCUGUUUUGCAAGUAUCGAUGCAAACGUGCAUAAUGCAAAGGGCAUGCAAGUAAGAAGAGAGCGGAAUUUCUUCUACUUCUUGGCAUUACGUCUCCACAGCUUGCUUCUUAGCGUAGUGUUCUAAGAGCACUUUUACAGUUAUUAACCUUAUUGCUUUGUCAAAGUUCGCAUUCUUAUGUCGUGAGGCAGACAUAUCAUUCGAAGUGAGUUGAAGAAAUUUUCAUGACAAAAAGAUCCUAGAUCGUUCAGAAAUUGAACCCAGAUACAGUCAGCUUGCUGCGGCAGAAACUUGAGAAGACCCCAUAAAGAAACAUUCACUUCAUAGAUUUAAAUGUCCAGUUUUCAAAUGAA